GGGAAAAAGAAACACGUGAAUCGAUGGCCGUAUAAAGCGGCGGCGCCUCGUGCCCGAUGGCCUCUCAACCGGUUCCCAUUCCAACUCGGAUUCCUCCCCCUCCCCCUCCCUCCCUCCAUCCCCGUCGUCUCCCUCGACCCGCCGCCAUGGUCCGCACCCCGUCGGCGGCCAGCAAGCCGCCGUGCGCGGCCUUCCACUCCCACCCCACCGAUCUGGAGCUCGUCAACUCGUACCUCCGCCCUUUCCUCGAGACCGGCGAGGCCGCCGCCUUCAUCCACAAGGGCGACGUCUACGCCGCCGACCCCGCCGACCUCACACGGCAGUUCGCGCCGGCGGUCGCCCAGGACGGCGAGCGCGCCUGGUACUUCUUCACCCCGCUGCGCCACAAGAGCGUCCGCGGGAAGCGCAAGGCGCGCACCGUGGCCACGGGGGAGGGGUGCUGGCACAACGAGGCCAAAUCCAAGCCCGUCUGCACGGCCAUCCACGAGAAGCGCCAGAUUGGGUACCGCCAGAGCUUCUCCUUCAUCAAGAAGGACGGCGGCGCGCGGGUCCGCACGGGGUGGCUCAUGAUGGAGCUCCGCCUCCUCAAGGACGACGCCGGCCAGCAGGGGUCGCGGGCGGAGGAGGAGAGCGCGCUGGGGAAUCUCGUCCUGUGCAAGGUGUACCGCAGCCCGCGCAACCCCGAGCCCAGCGGCGGGGGCGGGGCCCCCGCCCUCAAGGAGGAGGCCGCCGACGGCGACGGCGAGUCUAGCGCCGCGACGGCGGACGACGACGACGACGACGACAGCUCCGACGCGCCUGGGCCCACGAAGACAUCGGACGAGCGGGAGUCCAGCGAGGCGACGGUGGCGGCGCCACCCGGACGCGAGGAGAAGGCGGCGGGCGACGAGGACUCCGCCGAGGCGUCGGCGGCGUCGCCUGCGCGCAAGAGGAAGGCCCCGGACGACGAGGGCUCCGGCGCGGGAGCGCCGCCGCCCAGGAGAGCGUCCCCUGGCUCCCGGGCUCAUCCCGCGACCGAGAUGCAGUGCCCUCACUGCGGCACCCACCUGGUCGUCACGCUGAAACUCCCGGAGACCAAAUCGGAGACGGAGAUCGCGAAGGGCGAGCCGGGCCCCGGCGCGUCCGACGCGGCCCCGCGAGGCGAGGCGCGUGGUGCUCCUCCGGAGAAGAAAGUCCGGUUCCACCAGUUCCUGUGAGAUCUCCCACCCAGGUGGGUGGGGGCCAAGCAAAAUCCUGAUCCGCGAGGAAACGGAGCCGUGGAUGAGCAGAGUGCUGAUCCCACGGUCCCACCAUCCAUUUCAGAAAAUGUAUGUAGAUGAACGCGUCCAAAAGGUUCAAGGUGAAUAAUUAGGAUAGUUUUUUUUUUGCGAGAGGUUAGGUUCGUGAUAGCAGUAGUACUUGUGUUAGGAGGAAGCAGAGUGUGCUGUUGGCUGCUGCUACCUUCAAAUGGGAAAAAUGAUGUAGCAGAAGCAGACUUAUAAAGCCACGGUUGCACCUUAACAAGAAAAAAAAACAGAGAGAACACGGUUGCACGAUGCGAAGACCA